AUGAGUGAUUCAGAUGAAUUAGCGUUGGAACUUGAUGGAGUUGGACAGUUGUGGAAUGGAAGUUCACAAGAGGCUGAAGGUGCAGGUGUUACCAAUGUAAAAGAGAGAAUGCAGAUUGUGAAAGCAAAGAGAAAGGUGAUUAAAGGGAAAAUUACCAGAACUAUAAAUAGACUUAAAGACAACAUGCAAACUAAAAUGGUGAAAAAAAGAAGAAUUUUAAAGGAGUUAGAAGAACUCAGAGCUGAUUAUACAAAGGCAUGUGAAUUACAUGGAGAACUGUAUGAGUAUACAGAAGAGGCAAAAGUUGCAGGUUUAGAUAAAUGGGAGUCGGAUCUAACCAAUGAUAUCUAUGGAAUAGAAGAAUUAGCAGAGGAUUAUCUAGCAUCACUUGACAUCACAGAACAUGAAACAGAGACUGUGUCAAAGGGAAAGGGUAAAUUUGUCAAGGUUCAAAGUGGUCCUUCAACAUCAUUUCAAGCUGCUGAAGAUGAUGACAGUGCAUCUUAUAAAGAUAAUGCAUCUCAGGAUGACAAUACAUCUCUUGCUGGAUCAAGUGAAGGAUUUGACUGGUGGAUAACUUCACUGAAGGAGUAUCAGGAGACUAAACACUGUCUAAGCAACACCCCGAACAUGAGUUUAGCGGAGGCAUUGAUCAAGAUUGAAGCCAGUAGGGACAUACCUAAUAUCACUCUUCCUAAAUAUUCAGGGGAUCCUUUGGAAUAUGUGAAUUUCAUGGAAAGAUUCAAAAUUCAUAUCCAUGAUAAAGCACAUUUAACAGAUGCCAUGAGACUGGUACAAUUAAAGAUGCAUCUGACUGGUGAGGCUGAGAGGGCCAUUGCAGGACUUGGAUCUAGUGGUACCAUGUACGCUACUGCUUUAAAAAUGUUAAAGGAACAGUUCGGCCAGGAAAGUUAUAUUGCAAGAGCAUAUGUGAACAAGCUGACUAAGGGGAACAGAAUACAGGGACGAGAGGCGCUGCGAGAUUUCUCCUUAGAUCUGAUUAAUUGCAUAGCAACUUUAACACGGAUGGGUUCCUUUGCAGAUAUAAACGCAAAUGAUAAUUUGCGGCAGAUAGUAAUGCGUAUGCCAGGGUACCUUAUUGAUAGAUGGAAAGUGAAGGCAUCUGAUAUCAGAGAAAGAGGUGAACGGCCGUCAAUUCGCCAUAUCAGUGAUUUUAUCAGAAAACAGGUAAAAGCAGAGUUCGACCCAGACUUUGGGGAUUUGGAAAGAAGAAGUGAUUCCAGAAGGAUAAAGGGGUUAUAUUCUCAUCAGCAGAUGAAGAGGGGGCCCAUAUGUUAUCUUUGUUCUGAAGAACAUAGAAUCUCAGAUUGCCCAACAUUCACAGAUUGUACUGUUCCAGAGAGGACUCAGAAGGUUCGAGACCUACGUCUGUGUUUUGGCUGUCUUGUCAGAGGCCAUAUUACGAGAGACUGUAAGACCAAGAAGGCCUGUGGUAUCAACGGAUGUUCACGUACACACAACAAGAUGUUGCAUUUUGACCCACAGGUGGCCAGUUCUAUCAUUGAUACAAAUAGUAUUCUACCAGUGGUCAGGGUGAUGUUUAAAUCCUUAAAUGGUAGGACCAGGGAAGGUAAUGUCCUCAUAGAUGGAGGUGCAGGAACCACAAUCAUUCGCAAAGAAUUUGCAAAAUCACUUGGUCUCCAGGGUAACAAGGAGAGACUUGAUCUAUCACUUGUAGGAUGUGAGAAACUUGAGAACAUUAACAGUUGCAGAUUGAAAUUUUGGAUUUCUUCACUUGAAAGUAGUGAGGCAUUUGAAGUAGAAGCUUAUGAGAUUGAUAAGACUGUUUUGAAUGUUAAGCCUUUGGAUAGAAACUGGUUGAGAUCAUUCUCACAUCUUAACAACAUCGAAUUGUCGCACAAGGCGGGACCUAUUGAUCUCAUCUUGGGAGUUCAGUAUUCUCACUUGCAUGCUGAAGAAGAGGUUCGUCAAGGUCUUCCAUUUGAUCCGAUCGGAAAGAAGAGCAAGCUCGGAUGGUAUGUGAUGGGUCCAGACAAAACUCAACGUUCAGUGAUAUGCUCAGUGAACUUUGUGGAGAAACUUAAUCUUGACAAAUUCUACCAGUUUGAAACAUUGGGGGUACAAGCUCCAAAUUGUAAAUGUUCUGUUGAAGUACUCUCAAGUGAGGAUCGAGUAGCACUCAAACUGAUGAAAGAAUCGUGUCGCAAGGUUCAGGACAGAUACGAGAUUGGUCUUCCUUGGAAGAAGAACCCUGCCUUACUUCCAAACAACUAUAAUGUAGCCUAUAGAAGACUUGUGUCUCUUGAGAAGAAUCUCCUGAAGAAUGACCAAAAGGCUAAAAUGUAUUGUGAUGCUGUGAAUGAGUAUGAGCAGAAAGAAUGGGCAGAAAAGAUUGAUGAACCCAAUGUGAAAACUAGUGGUUUCCCAGUUUAUUAUCUUCCACACCAUGGAGUUUAUAGACCGGACAAGCCCAGUACCCCAUUGAGAGUUGUGUUUGAUCCGGCAUGUGUGUGUGAUGGUGUAUCCCUCAACUCAUAUCUGUAUAAGGGUCCAGGUCUCAUUGGGAACUUGCUGAGUGUUCUUCUGAGGUUUCAAGAGGACAGAGUUGCUAUAGUUGGAGACAUCUCCAAGAUGUAUCUCCAGAUCAGGUUGAGAGAGAGUGACACUCAUUUACACAGAUUCCUAUGGAGAGACUUAGAGGUGGAUAGAGAGCCGUCAGUGUACAGAUUGCUCAGAGUGGCUUUCAGUGAUAAGUCCUCUCCAGACAUGGCAAGUUAUGUAAUGCUUCGAAUUGCUGAAGAGAAUGAGGACAGAUAUCCUGAGGCAUCAGCAAUUUUGAGAGACGACAGGUAUAUGGACGAUCUGAUUCAUUCGUGUGAAACCCCAGGAAAGGCUACGAAGAAAAUCAAUGAGGUUAAUGCUGUGUUAGCCACUGGACAGUUUCAGAUCAAAAAGUGGUUUUGUUCUUCGCAGUUGGUUCGUGAACAGAGUAGAGAAAAUCAACCACAAGCGUCUUCGUCUGUCAGUCUUGAUGGUGAAGAAAUCAAGACCUUGGGUAUUCGAUGGAAUCCGGAUACUGAUAAUCUGAGUUUUGCAGUCAAGAAUCUGGUUGCAGAGAAAUACACUAAGAGACAAGUUUUAUCCAGAAUGUCAAUGUUGUACGACCCACUUGGACUAGCUUUAGCAAUCACGAUCAAAGCCAGAGUAGCUAUGCAGGAUAUCUGGCGUCAGAAAUCGUUGGAUUGGGAUGAUGAGUUACCCAAAGAAAUGUAUGAUUCCGUGAACACAACAACUCUACACGUCUUUGCAGACGCAAGCAUGAAAUCCUAUGGAGCUGCAGCAUAUCUCACAUGUACAACAGAAAAUGAGACUUCAACACAGUUGAUUAUGGCAAAGGCUAGAGUUGCGCCAUUGCAUCAGACAACAAUACCGAGAUUGGAGCUUAUGGCGGCAUUGAUUGCUUCAAGGUUGGCCACAACAAUCAAAAGAGAAAUCAGACAGAAGCUGUCAGAUGUGAUAUUGUGGACAGACUCACAAAUUGUGCUUCAUUGGAUCAGAGCAGAAUCAAUAACAUUCAAAGCCUUUGUUGGUGUCCGCAUAGCCGAGAUACAAUCUCAGUGGAAUCAGACACACUGGAGAUAUGUGCCAACAUAUUGGAAUCCUGCAGAUCAUCUUAGCAGAGGAAUUUCUGUGGAGGAAUUGAAUGGUAGCUGGAUGUAUGGGCCAGAAUUCUUGAAGUUACCAGCUAAUGAGUGGCCAACCCAGCCAUGUGAUGCAGCAACUACUGAAUCCAGUGAGGAGAAAAGGAAGUGUCCAGCUAUUGCUGCUUGUGCACCAAUCAACCCUGUCAUAGAAGCAGAUAAGUUUUCAUCAUGGCAACGACUUCUGCGAGUUACAGCAUACUGCCUAAGGUUUGUCAGGAAACUCAAGGACAAGAUACACAAGGUUUCACAACUAGGGGAUAAUGCUAUAACAGUGAGUUGUGAAGAGAUGAAAGCAGCUGAAUUGUAUUGGAUCAAGUGUGUCCAACGUGGAAUGAAUGAUUGGAAGAGUGACUUCUGUGAUCUAGCUCCCUUUGAGGAAAAGGGUAUUGUUCGAGUAGGAGGUAGACUCAGACAUUCUCCACUGCAGUAUGACCAGAUUCAUCCAGUACUAUUGUCUCCAGGUCACCACGUAUGCAGAUUGAUAAUGUGUGAUGUUCAUGUGCAAAUGGGUCAUGCUGGUCCAGAGAGAACAUUGUGCGAGAGUAGGAGAUACUUUUGGAUUGUGCGUGGGCGGAACCUAGCCAAGAGUAUUGUGAGAAAUUGUGUUGUGUGCAGGAAGUUACGUCAGCCUGGUCAUACCACUCUGAUGGCUGACUUGCCUCCAGAAAGAUUGCUUCCAUUCUCACCACCAUUCCAUGUAACAGGAGUUGAUCUCUUCGGACCAAUGUCAAUCAAGUAUGGUAGGAACAAAACCCAAAAGGUAUGGGGAGCAAUCUUCACGUGCGUGAAUGUGAGAGCGGUUCACUUAGAGAUAGUGGAUGGAUUGUCUACUCAGGCAUUUCUACAAGCAUUGCGUCGUUUUGUAUCAAAUCAUGGAUGGCCACACACAGUUAUUUCUGAUAAUGGCACAUCGUUUGUUGGAACCGAGAGAGAACUUCGUACCAUAUUCAUAGAAGGCAAACAACAAAUGAUGGACUUUGCAUUGCUGCACAGAAUCAAUUGGAAGUUCAUCACGCCUUUGAGCCCACACCAAGGUGGAAUCUAUGAAAGUUUGAUUAAACAAGUGAAAAGAUCUCUUAAGGUCAUCAUCGGUCAACAGAUUCUCAGCUGGAAUGAGUUAUCAACUGCAUUUGCAGAAGUGAAAGGUUUGUUGAACGCAAGACCAUUGUAUUAUACAGCACAGGAUCCUAAUGAUCCACAAGCCCUAACACUCAACCACUUCCUGUUAGGGAGAGCUUCCAUAAAUGUUCCACAAGGACCGUUCCAGGAGACAAAGAACCUGCAUAAAAGGUUUGAAUAUGUGCAGAUGCUGGUGAAACAGAUUUGGAAGAGGUUUCUACGAGAGUAUCUACCAACUCUCAUGCGUAGGAGCAAGUGGCGUACACAGGGGAGACAACUCCAGAUAGGAGAUAUUGUUCUGCUCAUGGACAACAAUGCACCAAGAGGAAAAUGGGACUUGGCAAGAAUCGUUGAUUUAUUUCCAGGAAAGGAUGGUAUAAUCAGAAAUGUCAGAGUUCGCACCAAGAACGGUGAAUACAACAGAUCAGUACAGAAAUGCUGUCUGAUCCUGGAAUAUUUCACAUAG